UCCUCCUCAGGCCCGCCCCCGCUGCGUGCGCACGUCGGGCCGCCUGCUCGACUGCGGCGUGCCGCGGCGGCUGAGGGAGUCGCUGACAGACUCGCGGACGCGGCGCUGACGGGAGGUGGAGCGUCCCUGCGGCCGGACCGGAGGAGUGAGAGCAGCAAGAACCACACUUGGCAACGAUGUCAGCAGAACUGGAGACCUCAGAGGGGCUGGAUGAAUCGGAGAAAAAGAGCUCCAGGGCCUCAGAAAAAGAAAACCACACCAGGAUGGCGGACCUCUCUGAGCUCCUGAAGGAAGGGACCAAGGAAGCACAUGACCGGGCAGAAAACACCCAGUUUGUCAAGGACUUCUUGAAAGGAAACAUCAGGAAAGAGCUGUUUAAGCUGGCCACUACUGCGCUGUACUUCACGUACUCGGCACUCGAGGAGGAAAUGGACCGCAACAAGGACCACCCAGCCUUCGCCCCCUUGUACUUCCCCAUGGAGCUGCACCGGAAGGCGGCACUGACCAAGGACAUGGAGUAUUUCUACGGUGGGGACUGGGAGGAGCAAGUGCAGUGCUCUGAGGCCACCCGAAGGUAUGUGGAGCGGAUCCACUACGUGGGGCAGAAUGAGCCAGAGCUGCUGGUGGCCCACGCCUACACCCGCUACAUGGGGGACCUGUCGGGGGGCCAGGUGCUGAAGAAGGUGGCCCAGCGGGCCCUGAAGCUCCCCAACACAGGGGAGGGGACCCAGUUCUACCUGUUUGAGAACGUGGACAAUGCGCAGCAGUUCAAGCAGUUGUACCGGGCCAGGAUGAACGCCCUGGACCUGGACAUGAGGACCAAAGAGAGAAUCGUGGAGGAGGCCAACAGGGCCUUCGAGUACAACAUGCAGAUAUUCAAUGAACUGGACCAGGCUGGCUCCUUGCUGGCCAAAGACACCCUGGAGGAUGGGUUUCCCAUGCACGAUGGGAAGGGAGAUGUGCGGAAAUGCCCUUACUACGCUGCUAAACAAGACAAAGGUAUCCUGGAGGGCAGCAGCUGCCCCUUCCGAACAGCCCUGGCUGUGCUGAGCAAGCCCAGCCUCCAGUUCAUUCUGGCCACCAGUGUGGCCCUGGCUGCCGGCCUCUUGGCCUGGUACUACAUGUGAAGGACCCACCACACUACGCUGGCGCCCUCCUCCUGACACCUGGCCCGCCCCCACCUCCACCCAUGACCAAACUACCACCUCAGGUGACCUUUUUUUUUUUUUUAAAUGGUGGCUUUGAGAAAACCACCAAUAAAAGCCAGAUGCUAAAGCCUUUGCCUGUCAGCAUCCUGUAUGUAGGCCAGAUGCUGAGCUGGAUGCAGGCCCACCCCUGCUGCAGUCCCCAGGCCACGGCGGGCAGCGGGGCAGCCUGCGCAGCUCAGCGGGCUGGCCUGGGCCUCUGGAACCAGCUUGGCUGCCGGGGCCCCCAUACGUCUGACCCCAGGGCUCAUUCCCUCUGUUCUUCCUUGUUGUGUCGGCAUUUAGGUGGGAACUUUUCCCUGCUGGGAGCAGAGCAGCCAGCAAGUCCAGGCUCCCCUAGCCCUGUGGGAGGGAGGGGGGCCGCCUCAGAUGCUGUUGCUCCUCUGCAGGACCUCUCCUGGGGGCAGAGGGCCAGGGGCGAGAAGGGGCAGAAGCCAGACUCACACCCUGCCUCAGAGGUCCUGGGAACUCCGUCCUGGGCAGCCAGUCCUCAAUGCUUCUCAAGCAGAAAACCUGAGUAGGGUCUUUGGCCAUGACCUGUGUAAAUGCUACCUUCUCAAUAAAGUGGACUCUGACAGCCGCC